UUACCGCACUCCAGUAGGAUCCCUUCCCCCGACGACCCUCAUACACCGUGUCUCCCUCCGUGUCUAGUUUGCCGUCUGGGCAACGCAAAGGCGGACGCAUUCGAGCCGACGCGGCGACUCCGCCCAGUCCCCAUGGCGACCGCCCGCCGCGCGUCGCGCCUCCCCUUCGCCGCCGCAACUCUCCUUCUUGUGCUACUCCUCGCGGGCGGCGGCGCGGCGGACGACGCCUCUAGCGACGACGACGCGGGGGCCCCGCGGGCGCCCGGCUGCUCCAACAAGUUCCAGCUGGUUAAGGUGAAGAAUUGGGUGAAUGGGACUGAAGGUGCAACUGUUGUUGGCCUCAGUGCAAGAUUUGGAGCCCCCUUGCCUAGAGAUAUGCAUGAAGCUCAAAAAUCAUUUGCUAUCCUUGCAAAUCCAUUUGAUUGUUGCUCCAACUUGACAUCAAAGUUAACAAACUCUGUUGCUUUAGCAACACGUGGGGAAUGUGCUUUCACUGCUAAAGCAAAGAAUGCUCAGGCAGGUGGUGCAGUCGGUUUACUAGUUAUCAAUGACGAUGAAGAGCUUUACAAGAUGGUUUGCAGUGAGAAUGACACUUCCAUUAACGUGACAAUACCUGUUGUCAUGAUACCACAGUCAGCAGGAAAGAAGUUGAAGGACUUCCUAGAUAAUGGAGCAAGUGUGGAAGUUCAGUUAUAUUCACCAAAUCGACCAGUUGUGGACCUUUCAGCAUGCUUCCUGUGGAUAAUGGCUGUAGGAACCAUAGUCUGUGCUUCACUCUGGUCUGAACUUGUUGCAUGCGAGCAGGUUGAUGAGCGUUAUAAUCAGCUGACCCGAAAGGGUGGACCUAACACGGGAACAAACUAUAGAGAAGAUAAAGAGAUCUUUGAGAUCAGUGCCAAGGGUGCUAUUGUCUUUAUUAUAAUAGCUUCAGUUUUCCUCCUCCUCCUGUUCUACUUCAUGUCAUCUUGGUUCGUUUGGGUCCUAAUUGUAUUAUUCUGCAUUGGUGGUAUUGAGGGUAUGCAUGUUUGCUUGGUCACACUUCUAGCUAGGGUUUUCAAGGAUUGUGGGCAAAAGACUGUACAACUUCCCUUUCUUGGCGAGGUCUUAACCAUAUCUGUUGGAAUUGUACCAUUUUGUGUGGUGUUUGCUAUUCUCUGGGCUGUGUAUCGGCAUGCUUCGUUUGCUUGGAUAGGCCAAGAUAUCCUUGGUAUAUGUUUGAUGGUAACUGUACUUCAGAUGGCACGCUUACCAAAUAUCAGGGUUGCAUCAGCACUUCUUAGUGCUGCAUUUGUGUAUGACAUAUUUUGGGUUUUCAUUUCACCUCUUAUAUUCCAUGAAAGCGUCAUGAUUGCAGUUGCUCGUGGUGAUAACACAGGGGAAUCAAUUCCGAUGCUCCUAAGGAUACCUCGCUUCUUUGAUCCAUGGGGUGGCUACGAUAUGAUAGGCUUUGGUGAUAUUAUUUUCCCUGGAUUGCUUGUCGCAUUCAGCUAUAGAUUUGACAGGGCAAGCAAAAAGGGUACCUUAAAUGGAUAUUUUCUCUGGCUGACUGUUGGAUAUGCUGUUGGCCUUUUCCUUACCUAUCUUGCGCUUUUCCUGAUGGACGGGCACGGCCAACCUGCAUUGCUGUACCUGGUUCCAUGUACAUUAGGGCUUAUUGUUAUCCUUGGUUGGGUAAGAGGUGACCUGCAUGACUUGUGGAAUUAUGGAAGACGUCGAACUGAAAACGUGGUCGAUGAACCUUGAGAAGUGAAAUUCUGACUAAUGAUACCGAAGUGCUGGUGACAUCCAUUAUUCAAUCGACGGAUCUUCUGGGGUGGUAUCAGAGAUGUAUACAAUUACCUUGGUUGAAAAGUUUCAGAAUGUAUUAUUCAGGGGCUAGGUGCUCCGCUUCUAAUGACCAAGUAUCUCAACGAAAAUCGAAAUCACUUUAUUACCAUACUUUGUGCUGGUGACCUUAAUAUUUGAAACUAUUGCACCUAUCUUACAACAACUUGGCUGGUGGGUGUAUAUUGAUUCAACAAUCACGACAACUUGUUAAAUUGGUGCAUCUAUAGUCCAAAUACUACAUUGGCGAUGUAUUUGGAUAUCCCGGAUCGCAAUGGUGGGUAUAUUCGUGCUGGAACAAAUAAUUGAGCAUUAUUUGACAGAUGAUAUUUAUUUCAAUGAAUUUGGCCAAGAUAAGAAUCUUUAUUUGAGCAGUUUUUCAUUUAAUUUAAAAUAUACUUUUGAUUAAGAA